AUGGCCGACAACAAUACGGUGCGUUUUGGGCUUCUCGGAUGCAUCAGAUUCGCGUCGAAAUUCGUCAGAACAGUAACUCAGUCCUCUAACGCCGUCAUUAUCGCAAUCAGCGAUCCGUCACUCGAAACCGCUAACACCUUCGCUGCCGCCAACAAUUUGUCGCCGGAGACCGUCACAGUCUACGGAAGCUACGAAGAGCUACUCGAUGAUCCACGCGUUGACGCCGUCUACUUGACGAUGCCGGUGACACAGCGAGGAAAUUGGGCGGUGAAGGCGGCGGAGAAGAAAAAACAUCUUCUGGUCGAGAAACCGCCGGCUCAGGACGCGGCGGAGAUUGAUAGGAUCGUGGAGGCCUGCGUAUCUAACGGCGUUCAGUUCAUGGACGGUACGAUUUGGUUGCAUCAUCAACGGACGGUUAAGAUUAGAGAAACGAUGUUUGAUUCUGGAUUGCUCGGAGACGUCCGCCACAUAUACAGCACAAUGACGACUCCAAUACCAGAGCAAGUACUAGAGAGACUGACAAAAGAUGCGAUGGGUCUAGCCGGAGCCAUAGGAGAGCUUGGAUGGUACCCUAUAGGUGCAGCUCUGUGGGCUAUGUCUUACCAAAUGCCGAUAUCUGUUAUGGCGCUUCCCUCCUCAGUCGCCACAAACUCGGUUGGGACCAUCUUGUCCUGCUCUGCCUCCCUUCAGUUCGGUUCAACGGCAACCGCAAUUGUUCACUGCUCCUUUCUCUCUCAACUUUCGACUGACUUGGCUAUCUCAGGAUCAAAAGGGUCGAUUCAAAUGAAUGACUAUGUGAUCCCUUACAAGGAGGACAUAGCUUGGUUCAAGUACACAAGUGGCGCUAAGUUCGUGGACAUGCACAUUGGUUGGAACAUGAUACCGGAGAAAGUUACCGUGGACUGCAGCGGAGCCGAGGAGUCGCAGGAGGCCAUGAUGCUGAGAGCAUUUACUAGGCUUGUCCAAGGAAUCAACCGUGGCGAAUCAGAGGCUGAUCGGAGGUGGCCGGAGAUCAGUCAGAAGACGCAGUUGGUGGUUGAUGCGGUGAAGAAAUCUGUUGAUAUUGGUUGUCAGAUUGUUUAUCUUUAG